CGUUGCGGUUAACUUGAUUGUCUUGAUUACCUGUGCCAUUUGUUAGUAAUUUUUUUUUUCAUGUAAAAAAUCGAUGUAAAAGAAAAUGCCUACAACAUUGCAUUGCAAGUUCAAUCUUCUUCUGUAACUGACUACCGCUUUAAACAAUGACUAUAUUAAAUACGCUGAAAUACUACAUAAAUAAAGACGAUUUUGACUGGGGCCGAAAAGAUAUUACGCUUCAGCUAUUUCACCCACAGUUUGAAUUGUUUUUCGCCAUAAACGGAAUAUUUUUUAGUAACCGCGAAUCGAUAAUAAGAUUCAUAUGGCCAGUCCUAAGCACCCUGAUCACAUUGAUAGCCACGGCUUUCGAGAUGAUGUUCAUAUGGCGGGGCAUCACCAUCAGGGACUACAAUUUCGCCACCGAAUGCUUUUGCUACUUUUUUAUCCUUGGCUCCGUCAGCAUCGUCUACUCCAGCGUACUGCUUAACAGGCCCAGGAUCUUUGAGCUGCUGAAUAACAUGAAUAAUGAUUUCGUUUUUAUUUGCGGCUUAGGAAGGGAAUAUAGAAAAUGCUUUUUAGAUGGACAGCUUCUCAUCUGGAAGCUUUGCUGGUAUUGGCUGAUCUUCAUCUGCUGGGUGGCUUCAUUGUACAUUGCAAACACGGUGGUAUAUCUGCUGUGGCAGAGCAUUUUCGCCACACUAGACGAACACACGGUCCGCCCGCUCAUGUUUCCAAUCUGGCUUCCCAAAGACGAUCCCCACAGAACUCCAAACUAUGAAGUAUUCAUGACAUUCGAGAUCAUAUUGAUAUUCAUAGUGAUCUGUACAUUCGGUCUGUACGUAUACAUACUGUUCCACCUCCUGCUGCACUACUACAACCUGAUCAACGUGAUCCUGAUCGCGCUGGAGGAGUUGUUCGACGGGCUGGACGAGUCGGUGGCGACGCUGCCGCGCGAGGACCCCCGUCGCGUGGCCGUGCAGUCCGAACUUAACGCUAGGAUGGGGCAAAUCGCGCGCUGGCAUCUCUCCAUAUUCGAUUCAGUGGACACCAUAUCCUCAGUGUACGGGCCCAUGCUGGUGUAUCAGGUGAUGUUUAGCUCGGUCGUUAUCUGCCUAAUGGCGUAUCAAGUUUCGGAGCAACUGUCAGCUGGAAAGUUCGACUACUUAUUUGGAAUAUUGACGUUUGGAGCCUGUGUUCAGUUGUGGAUCCCGUGCUACAUCGGCACACUGCUGCGGACUAAAGCAUUAUCGCUGGCCGACGCUUGCUUCUACUGUGGCUGGCAUACAACACCAUUAGCAUUGCUGGUACGCCACGACCUCAUUAUCUUCAUCCUGCGCGCGCAGCAGCCUGUCGCCAUCAAGUUCACUGGUCUGCCUGAACUGCAGCUUGAGACCUUCUCUUCGAUAAUGAGCACUGCAUACUCUUAUUUCAACAUGCUACGACAGUACAAUUCUGAGUGAAGUCUCAGCGCUCUCUAACAUUCAUAUUCAUGUGUAUUUUGAUU